UUGUAAAUCAAUUUGUGAAAUAAUUUUGGGAUAUAAUAUGGUUUUUUUGCCCCAAUUUAAUCAAUACGACUUGGUAUGGCCGGAUUUGUAUUACCCGGGUGCAGAUAAUGUGAAUUUGAGAGUUCGUGUAGCUAGAAAAUUUAAAAUAUUGGAGGGAUGGUGUGAACUUGGUUGGAAUAUGUUGGAGAAUAUUGUAAUGGACCAAAGUGACAUCAACGAAGUUCGGGUAAUUCUUGAGACGGUUGAUCGCUAUACACGUUCAAUAAGCAAUAUAAUGAGAGGGCUUGAGUAA